AUGAUGACACUCACUUGAAAUGCACGAAGAGGAUUUAAUGUAAAGACAGGGUAAGAUUGGGAUGUGAUGGUUAAUAUAAUUGGGUUAUAUUUUCCAUACAGUGGAGCCUCCAAAGUUGAACCCCCCCCCCCCCCCCCAUAAAAAGUCGGCCGAUAUUCACAUCAUUUUUGACAUCUGCAAAUCUUGUGUCAUUUCAAUUCAGGAAGCAGCUAAUAGUUCCUUGAAUGUUAUGUGGUCUUUCGUUUUAAAGUACCGCUGCCUUUACAGAUGUGGCAUGAAAUUGCAAUGUUAAUGUUCUGAAUUUUGAGGAAGGAAAAAAAAAAUCUAGCGUCCAUUAUUACGGCCAGUACAGCACUGUGUCUGGCGACCAUGACAAAAAAGAGAAAGGGGUGGUACGCUAUUUUAUUACGCCCCCCAAACAAUUGUUAAACCCCCACAAGUGGUCUUCUGAUGCACUUUCAAUUACACAAGGUGCGAUGGUAGGCCGUCACGCCCAGGCACUCACUCUCCAAGACUCACGAUUAAAUCAGUUUGCAGCCAGCCGCUAACCUGAGCUCGCAAAAGCCAAGUCUACAUUCUAAUUCGCACACAGUUGCACGUCACUGGCCAGGCCAAGCAACACAUUUAAAACCAACACUCAAAAGUUACACAUAGAAAUGUGUGGAUUGCAUCAUGGUAGACAGCAAACAUACUUGCACUUUGUGCAUAUUUCUUUAAACAUUUUUUUUAUGAUUAUAGAAGUAAUUAAUGCAGUAAUCAGUGUAAUUAUCCAUCCAUUUUCUGUACUGCUUAUCCUCACAAGAGUCGUGGCGUUAUCUAUUUUCAAACUAUUUGAUAGCGGUAUUAGUAAAUAGCGUGUAUGGCAGAAAUCAACAGAGUGAGUUUCUUUUAGAUUUCUAAUGCAGUGGUUCACUUUUCUCUUUAUCAAUGUCCGGUACAAAAUUAUAUUCAAGAUAUGAACAGUAGAGUCACGGCUGAUUUCAUCACGGUCAGGUUAAGUCAAGAACAAUUCAAAUAACUACAAUAUUUUCCAUGGGAAUUUUUUUAAGCAAUUUUUGAUCGUGGAUUGUUUGACCUUGGAGGUUCCACCGCAUGACGUAAUGUAAUGUUACAUUUUAUUUGUACUAAGUUGCAGGGUGUUGACGGCAUAUUUUAAGUAAAUUAUGCUACAUUAAACUUGUAACGUUGCGCUUUGUAGAUGAGGCUGCAACUAUUUUAAUUGUGAUAGCAACUCUGCCAAUAUAUAGAGAAAAAAAAAAAAACACCUGGCUGACUUUUCAGUGAUUGUUAGAUGUAAUUAAAAUAAAAAUGGACAUAGUGUUUAAUGAGGAAAAAUCGGGGCCCUUAUGUUGUGGGUCUCUACCUGUGUGAGGAAUGCUGUUUGUUUGCAUCUGUGUUUUUCAUAUUACAGACGUGGGUCCCCCUGGGAUAUUGAAGGCUAGCCGAUAAGGCGCAGCCACGCUGGAGGCAAACCAUUAAUGGCGCCGCCGUGAAUUUGACUCUUGUGACGCCAGAGAAGGCCAUUAAGCUGGCCGCCAACGACUUUUUCCGCCACCACUUAGCGAAAAAUGGUCAGGGUUUGACUGUGUUCAAAGAAAUGCUGGCGGGCUGCGGUGCAGGCAUGUGCCAAGUCAUUGUCACCACGCCCAUGGAGAUGCUCAAGAUACAGUUACAGGAUGCAGGCAGACUCGCCGCCCAGCAACAAAAGCCAGUCAUGGCGUCUCCCUCCAAGCUGGUGGCCACCAAUACUCUGCUCAGCCGUUCCUACAACUCGGGAACAAUAAGCGCGAUGAUGGCGCCGCAACCAAUGUCGGCAACGCAGAUCGCCAAGGAGCUCCUCCGCACGCAGGGCAUCCGGGGGCUCUACAAAGGCCUGGGGGCCACACUCCUGAGGGAUGUGCCCUUCUCCGUGGUCUACUUCCCGUUGUUCGCCAACCUGAACCGACUCGGCCAGCCGAGCGCUGACCAGGCGUCGCCUUUCUACUGGGCCUUCCUCUCUGGGUGCGCGGCGGGCUCCACUGCUGCGGUAGUCGUCAAUCCUUGCGACGUGGUUAAGACCAGACUGCAGUCACUGAGCAAAGGUUCCGCAGAGGAGACUUACAGCGGGGUAGUCGACUGUGUCAGCAAAAUCAUGCGCAAGGAGGGACCAUCCGCCUUCCUGAAAGGUGCCGGCUGCCGAGCCCUGGUCAUCGCCCCGCUGUUCGGCAUCGCCCAGGUCAUGUACUUUGUCGGCGUGGGCGAAUACAUCCUGGACAACUCGCCGCUCAGCGUCCUGUCACCGUGACAAGCCCCUGCGUACGCACGGGGCGCCGCUCGGAGCCAGGAAGGACGGCCGCAACUGGCAGCUACGCUCUAUCGGUUUACGUCCGCGCCAUGAGGGAGCAGAAGAGUUGUGUUGCACUUGAAACACUUUUGGUGGCUGUACUCGAGCUCGGCCUCGGCCCGCAUUUGCCUUUGACAAUCGUCAGCCUUCCCGAGCGCAGAGUGGAAAUGUGACUUUUUUUUUUUUUGGUACAAAUAUCUCCUUUUUCUACCUCUGUGAGGGCGGGAGGAGCUGAAAGAUGCACACCUCUUUUUCUUUUCACUAUUUUUCAUGUUCUGUAUUUGUUCCGUAGUUACUGUGGGUGACGCCAUUGGAAGCCUCCCUGCACGUGAAGUGUUAAAGGGCUUUUUUCGUCCGUCACUGUGAAUCUCCUCCACGCACAUUGCGUGCGAGUCAGUGAAUGUGUUCUGUCCACAUUGUCCGUUCAUUUGCAUAAGCAUUUGCA